AUGUCUUUCUCCAACCCUGAGGAUGCCCCCCAAGAGCCUGAGCCUGAGCCCUCAACCUCCAAGAAGAAAAAGAAGAGAAAGCAGCCACAGCAAGAGGCCAGCAUCCAAGCCCUCACCAGGGCUGGCCACGGAGCCCUACUGGCUGGCCGGAACCACGAAGCUUUGACCAGCUUCCAGAGGGCCUUCAUCCUGGCCUCUGAGGCCCCACAAACUCGGGACACCCCUGUUCUCCGGGCCUGUGCCUUCAACCUGGGGGCCGCCUACGUGGAGACUGGGGACCCAGCCAGAGGCCUUGAGCUGCUCCUGCGAGCCCAACCUCAAGAGAAGGCGCAGGGCGGGUGUCAUGGCGACCAGUGUUUCAACGUGGCUUUGGCCUACCAGGCCCUGGGCAAACUGCCUCAAGCUUUGGCUUGGUACCACAGGGCCCUGGGUCACUACCGGCCACUCGGUGACGAGGGGCAAGCCCAGGCAAAAAUGGGAGCCUGCUACCAGGCUCUGGGACAGCCUGAGCUAGCAGUCCACUGUCUGCAGGAGGCUAGCCGGGCCUAUGCCCAAGCAGGGCAGCCCCAGGCUGCAGCCCUGGCCGCGGGGGCUGUGGCAGGGUGUAUGCUGGAGAGCGGGCAGCAUGGGGUGGCUGAAGUGCUGCAGGUGCUGGAGGAGAGCCAGAGGCUUGCCGAGAGGAGCCCUGAGCGGGGACUGCUGGGGCAGCUCUAUAACGACCUCGGCCUGACCUACUCCCAGCUCCGACUGUUCCCGCUAGCAGCAGAGGCCUUCCUGCGGGCCCUGCCCCUGUGCCGGGGGCCAGGAGAGGAGGCCACGGUGCUGAGAAACCUCGGGACGGCCCACAGUGCCCUCGGCAACUAUCAGGAAGCCCGGGACCUUCACCAGAGGGCCGCUGACCUGCACGGCUCUGUGGGGCAGCGGCGGGAGCAGGGCUGGAGCUUCGGCAGCCUAGCAUUUGCACUGAGCCAGCUGGGGGACCACGGAGCAGCCCGGGACAGCUAUCUGCACGCCCUACAGGCCGCCCGGGACACCGGGGACACGAAGGGGCGGUGGCAGGCCUGCGAGGGGCUGGGCGCUGCGGCAGCCAGACUGGGGCAGCACGACCAGGCCUUGCGGUACUAUAAGGAAGCGCUGGCCCGGAGUCAGAAGGAGCCGGACUCUGUGCGGGAUCGACUGGUGGCCAAGCUGGCAGACGCCAUGAGGACCCACUUGGCCCAGGCCGGGCUUGUCCCCACGUACACCCUGACUUCAGCGCUGGGGAGGCCCCAGGCUCCAGGUGCAGCCAGGCCCCCAGCCAGGGCGGGAAGGGGCAGAGCAGAAGUGCUGCACAGGUCUUCGCGUGUGUGGGAAGAAGAAGAGUGCAUGGAGGGCCAGGAGGAGAGAGAGGACCAGCCGCCACCCGAUGUCCCCGUGGUGUCUUGGGCACAGAGACUGGAGUGUGAGCGGGAGCAGGCCGACCCCAACUGUCCAGGACCUGGGGCCCAUCUCCUGCUUGGAGGCCAAGGCCCCCUCCAAAUGGAGCAACCUGGCAUUCCAGUACCCAGUGGCCCCAAAGCCAAUAGGUCGUCCAGCUGGCCCAGGGAAACCCCUUGCAGAAACCCUCAGAGGAGACCCACGGAGUCUGGCUUCUGUGUGAUCAUGUGA